CGGGAGGGCUGAGGGGAGCCUUCUGGCUCGACCGGCAUUCCCGAAGCGCCGGAGGCGGUGCUGCUCUUCUCCGCUUGGCUGAGGGGAGGAGGGGGGGGGGGCGGCAAAAUGGCUGGAGAGGGGCUGCAACCGAGGCCGCCUUUCCAGCGACUGCUGGGUACCAACAGCCAGUCGGCCGCAGCAGCUGUGAAAGACCCUCUGGCAAUUGAAAGAACAAAUCUAUUGAACAUGGCUAAACUGAGUAUAAAGGGACUCAUUGAAUCUGCUCUAAGCUUUGGGCGGACCCUUGAUUCUGAUUAUCCACCUCUCCAGCAGUUUUUUGUUGUCAUGGAACAUUGCCUCAAACAUGGCCUAAAAGUAAAGAAAUCUUUUCUAAGUUAUAAUAAAACAAUAUGGGGCCCUCUGGAACUUGUAGAGAAAUUAUAUCCAGAAGCUGAGGAGAUUGCUGCUAGCGUUAGAGAUUUACCUGGUCUCAAGACUUCAUUAGGACGUGCUCGGGCUUGGUUACGUUUGGCACUUAUGCAAAAAAAGAUGGCUGAUUAUCUCCGAUGUCUCAUCCUUCGGAAAGAUCUCCUCGGGGAAUUUUAUGAAUACCAUGCAGUGAUGAUGGAAGAAGAAGGAGCCGUCAUUGUUGGAUUGCUUGUUGGGUUAAAUGUCAUUGACGCAAACUUGUGCAUAAAAGGAGAAGAUUUGGAUUCACAAGUUGGCGUAAUUGAUUUCUCUAUGUAUCUAAAGAAUGAAGACGACACUGAAGAUAAAGAAAGAAACGACCAUGUUGCUGCAAUAUUGGAUCAGAAGAACUACGUUGAAGAAUUAAACCGGCAAUUGAAUAGUACAGUCAGCAGCCUCCAUACCCGUGUUGAUUCACUAGAGAAGUCAAACACUAAAUUAAUCGAAGAGUUGGCGAUAGCUAAAAACAACAUAAUUAAACUACAAGAAGAAAACCAUCAUUUACGAAGUGAAAACACACUCAUUUUAAUGAAAACACAACAUCAUCUGGAGAUGAAUAAAGUAGAUGCCGAAGCAGAACUUCAGACAUAUAAACAUUCCCGACAAAGCCUGGAUGAAAUGUACAAUGAAGCACAUAGACAGCUUCGAGAAGAAUCACAGUUAAGACAAGAUAUAGAGAAUGAAUUGAUGGUCCAGGUUGGUAUGAAGCAUGAGAUAGAACUCGCAAUGAAGCUAUUGGAGAAAGAUAUACAUGAAAAGCAAGACACCCUUAUAAAUCUGCGGCAACAGCUGGAGGAAGUCAAAGUGAUAAACACAGAAAUGUACCAAAAACUGCAGUUUUCAGAUGAAGCCAUGAAAGAAAAGAGUGAAAUAAUUGGUCGCUUGGAGGAUAAAACUAGUGAGAUUACCACAACUAUGAAGCAUCUGGAACAAAGAUUGCAGCAAGCAGAGAAGGCUCACAUGGAAGCAGACAGUGAGGACAAGAAAGUUAAACAAGAUUAUAUGAAUAAAUCUGAAAGUCUUCAGAAAGAAAUUGCCCAAAAGGAAAACCAAGUGUGUCAGUUGGAGACAGAUUUGAAAAUAGAAAGAGAAUGGAGACAAACCAUGGAAGAGGACCUUAAAAAGGAAAAAGAAACUACUUGUUUUCUACAAACAGAGACUCAGCAAAUCAUUACACUUAAAAAAGAAUUCCUAAACUUACAGGGAAAAAACAAGCAGUUGAAAAAUCUUUGUCAUGAUCAAGAAGAAGCUCUCCAAGAACUUGCCGGCAAACUUAGCGAAUCAAAGCUUAAAAUAGAAGACAUAAAAGAAGCAAACAAAACACUUCAGGGCCUGGUCUGGUUGAAGGACAAAGAAGCUACUCACUGCAAAUUAUGUGAAAAAGAAUUUUCUCUUUCCAAGAGAAAGGUGAUAAAUUUGGUCCAUCUACCUCUGAAGAAAUAUGAACUUAGAAUCAUCAAAUUUCAUUUGAUUACCUAUUUCAUAUGUACAAACUUUGUCUAAGACCAAGAUGUUAAUUUCUGUGGUGGAAAAUGUCAAUAUUUAAACUGACUGCAUAUUUUGAAAGGGUUUUUAAUUUUUUUUUAAAAAAGCAGUGUUUCAGAGUUGACUACUAUCUGUUCUCAAUCCAGUAUCAGGAAAUCCUUGAGUCCGAGAGUCCCUAAAGACAUCAAGCAAUGCAUUCCGGGUCUAGACUUACAGUGGGGAUCAGAAUUUCUUGCUGGUGUUUGGAAAAGAGUAUUUAUUAUUUACACCACAUUCUCAACUGUCUUUCACAGGUAGUUUUAGGCUUUCUAGGCUUAAUGCCAAGUCAUCAAGAUUUCUGGAAAGGAGGCCUACAAACCUUUUCUUCUCUUAAAAGAAUUGCUUGGAGGGUGUCAGUCACUCACCAACACCCAUACUAUUGUAGGGACAUGAUGCUCUGAAUUAAUAUCACUUUUUCUUGUAAUUUACUCAAAUUGUGUCAUGGAGCAUAUUAUACUAUCAGCUACUAAAUUCUUAUAAAUCUCAAAAGAAAGUAGUGUUCGGUUACAAUUGUUGAAAGAAACACUGGGUAACUAUAUAAUUUUAUCUAAUAAUUCUGAUAAUGUUCCAUGUCAGAAAGUUUUUGUCUUUUAAGCAUUUUACUUUAUUAUACAUUUGAUGUUUGAUAUUUUACAUGAAAUUUUCGUCAAUGACCAUAAAUAAAAUUUGGUUAAUUUAAAAUACAAGUGUUUGUAAACAUUGGAAAAAAUAUUCAACGUUUUUCAGCUUGCCCUGGUGAUGGUUAAAUCAUUCACUUUGUUGUUAUGCACUUGGUACGCAUGUUACUGCUUGUGUAAUAGCAGCUGAUACACACAUAUUUCCAUUAAAUAAAAAGCCAUUUUUCCCAGUAAAUUUAGGAAAUAUUUAUAACAGCUAUACUGGUCCCACGUGACCAGAAAAUAUAUAGCACUAAUGUUUACAAAAAGUAAUCUUAAGAGACUUAUUAAGUUUUGUUAUAAAUCAUGCUAAUGCCACAACAUGGUAAGAAAUCUUGAUGUAGAAAAUAAGUCUGCCAUACAGACACUGACACUCUGAAUGUGUGAAAACCUGAUUCAGUUGCAUAAUCUUAGAAUGCACUCUUGUUUAGAAUGAAGAGUGAAACUGAUGCUAAGAUGAUCCAUCCCAUUUGCCUCGUUUGAGCCAAAAAAAUCAAUAUAUCAGAGGCUUACAUAAUGAUAGCCACAUCAUUAUGAAUCUUGCUUUGAUGGCCACAUCAUUAUGAAACUGAUUGCAUGAUCCUAUUAAAUACACACCACCCUCUGUACACUCCUUGUAGUAACAAAUGCCUUGAACAGUGUCUACUUUGGGGCACAGUUGAAAAAAAGUUUUCAGAAAACAACUGGAACGGCAGGACAAUGGGGAUUAGGGACUGGGAAGAAGCCUUAGGAGAUGUCAAGGGAGUUUUUCAAGUGCCUCGUGGAGUAUGCCAAGCUUAGUAAUUCAGAGGCAGAUGCCACUUGAAUAUUAGGAUUUUUUUCUAACACUUGAGUGUUCAACACUAUUACUAAGGGAGGCUCCUUAUUAAGGCUCCUAUUUGCUCACUGUAUUCAAGCAAAACUUAUUUUAACCCUCCUUUGGUUCCAAGGAAAAAAGGCAUAAUUUAGUUUUUAGGAUAAAACUAGUGAUGUUAAUACUCUAAGGAUGGUUUACUAUAUAAGGACUACAGUACUUCAAUAUAUAGCCUCCCUGAAGACAUUAAUUUUAAAAUAUUAAAAUUAAUUUUGCUAAAAACCUCCUAGUACAUUUCUUAGAAAACACAGUGCAUUGAGUAAAGCACACUAAAAUUAUGGAUCUCACCUUUGUUUUGCCUAUUUCAUUUAUUCUGUAAAACUGUUUAGGAUCCUAAGAUUUGCAAACAGGAAAGUAAGUGUAUCUUCAGAAUCAAAUAUGGCUAUUAUGACACACGUGGCUGCUGUCUGUAUAAACUUUACUGAGAAUAAAACUUAUCUACAAAUUAACAUUUUUAGCUAGUAUUUAAUAUAAAUUUGUAUCUUUUCUAUUUUUCUAUGACCCACAAAAUUCUCAUACUUACCUCUCAAUUGAGCAUCAAGCCUUGAUACAAA